AUGCAGCUAUUACAUAAUAAAAAAAGACGCUGGUCACAACGAGAAAAAAAUAUUGCUGUAUCUAUUUACUACAAGUCUCCAACAACAUACAAAUAUUUAAGGAAAAAUAAUGUAGUUUUACCGGGAGUUAGUACUAUUCAAAGUUGGUUAAAUUCUAUAAAAUACAUGGCUGGAUGUAAUGCAGAAUACAAUGCUCAGUUAAAAAUUAUGGCAAAAACUAUGUCAGUUCAAGAAAAAAAAUGCGUUAUUUUAAUUGAUGAAAUGUCUAUAAAAAGUUGUUUGGAAUAUAAUGAAUCCCUUGACAUGAUUGAAGGAUAUGAAGAUUUUGGAAAUUUACGCCAUUCAGGAAAGUCGGCUAAACUUAUUUUAGUGGUAAUGAUUCGAGGGUUAUGUAAUAACUGGAAAUUACCAUUAUCAUACUAUUUUAGUUCAACAGGCGUUAAAGGAAACCAAUUAGCCGAAAUUAUGAAACAAACUGUCGAAACUAUAGUAAAACUUGGAUUUUCACCUGUUUGUAUAACUUGUGAUCAAGGUACAGCAAAUCGUAAAAUGUACACUUUACUUGGUGGUAGUUCAGAAAAUCCAUUUACGGUAAUAGGAGGAAGAAAAUUAUUUUUGAUUUACGAUGUCCCACACUUAGUUAAACGUGUUAGAAAUAAUUUGUUGACUGGGAACAUUGUAAUAAAUAAGAAUGGUCAAAAAAAAAUAACUGAUUCCGAAGACUUCAGAAAUACCUACAAAAUAGACAAGACUAGUAAAACAGCAAGAGCUUUAUGCAAAAUAGACGAACGGCAUUUAUAUCCAAAAGCUUGGCAAAAAAUGAAUUGUAGACUCGCCAUUCAAGAUUUUAGUCAUACAGUUUCUGCUGCUAUAAAAACGUGCACUAGAUACGGCAGAUUUCUUUUUAGAAACGAACAAUUUAUUUGA